CUUAAAGUAACAUUUUCUGAAGGGAGAAACUAAUUGGCUGUACUUUAACAAAUGUGUAGUUUGAUUAUAUUUAAGUCGAAGGGUUAACGUUACUUCCGUUCGUAACCGAGGCAACGGGGAGUGACGUGUCCGGCGGGAGAACAAAUCAAACAGUCGAAGAAGAAAAGCAAAACAACCUCCAAAGUCUUCCUCUACUCCUUUUAACGGUGAUUACUUGCGUUAGAGAACAUGGAGAAACACAACUUGGGAAAAGAAAGGCUCGUUGUACCCACGGAUUUCAUCACACCGGCGGUUUCGGGCAAUGUCCAAAGAGAUCUGGUCCCCCCAUCACAUUUUGCAACCAGUGUUCACUCCACUACUAGAGGAGUUAAGAUGCCAGUAACAGCACCACCCAUUUCCUGGACAAACUCCGGUAAAGCAGCUGUACCACCUGCGGAUCCCAGCCACAAUAAUCCAUGGUUCGCCAUCACUCAAGCUCAGCAGGAAAUCUUGGAGCUGAGGAAGGAAAAUCAGAGGAUCAUGAUGUUACAAGCAGAAAGUAUAAGAGAACGGAGCCCUGCAGAUCAUGUGCCAGUUUUUAGAGAAAGGGCUGCAGAUAGAAGUGAAAAGUGGAUGUCUGAGUGGUGUCUGGAAACAGAGAAGCAUAAGGCUGAAGCAGAGAGGUUAAAGGGGCAGGUGGAGGCUAUAAAAGAAACAGCAGACAGACACAGGGAUGAGAUGAGAGACAAAGACAGCAUCAUGAACAGACAAGUCCGUGAGUUGGAAGCUCUGCGUGAGGAGCUGUGUAAGACCAGAAGUGAUCUCGGCCAAGUCAGAGAGGAGCUCUCUCACAGCAAUGCACAGCAGGACAAAAUAAGAUCACAGCUUGAAAAUCUAAACAGAGACUCAAGUGCAGAAAUUGCAAAGCUGAGGAGGGAUGCAGAGCGAAGCAAAGAGGAAGUCCAGGCGCUCCGUCUGAAGGCAGAUAUGAGCAGAAAACAGGCUGAGGAAGCAGCCAAGCAACAGAUCCUCAGACUGUCAGAGCAACUAGAGGACCUGCAAAAGAAUCAGGAGGUGGAGCUGCAACAGUUGAAUACCUCCCACUGUGCAGAGCUGGAUGCAGCUAGAAAAGCAAACAAUGAACUACAGGCCCGGCUUCAAUCAAUGGCUUCAGAAGUGUUGCAGCUGAAAAGCAGUCUGAUAGAUGCAUCUACUGAGAGAGAUGGGCUGAAAGAACAUUUGAGUCAAAUUGGACAAGCGUUUGAGACACAAUCUGCAACACUGCAAAGCCUUAGAAAUUACAUCGGCCAACUUGCCCCAGAGAAAGGAGAGAAGGAGCGACUAAAUGAAGCUGUUGAGAGGCUUAACAAAGAGAAAGCAGCACUUCAGAUGACCACAGAGCUGUUGACGAUCAGACUUAACUCUGUCAAUGAAAUACUAGCCCUCCAGGAGGAGAAAAUGGUAAAGAAGACCUUGACAGACCCACUUGUGAAGAAUGGAUCUGAAAGCCUUCAAGUGCUUCAGCUCUGGAGAGAAAAGGUCUUCAAGUUGUGUGUCCAGCUUCGCUCAAAGGACAUUGAACUAAGAAGCGAAAAAGAAGAACUUCUUUCAAGAGUUAGAUCCAUAGAGCAGCAGCUUCAGCAGGAGCAGCACCGGGCCACUGUACUCAAACACAGUCUGGAUGACAGGAUAGCUGAGCUAGACCUGGAGAAAGUGGAAAAGGAGACGUUAAAGCAGGAUUUGGCCUUGGCUCAAAAAGAAAACUCUCAGCUGAAGUCACAGGGGCAAAAAGCUGAGGAUGAGCUAGCAACACUGAAGGAAGCAGUGCAAAGGUUCAGUUUGGCAUUUGAAAGUAAAGUGGCAGAGGUGAACGCAGCUCAGGCAAGACUCAACAUUGCUACCCAGCGGCUAACCUUUGCUAAAAGACAAGUGGAGACAGUCCAAGUGCUGAUCAUGCGGAGGGUAGCACUUCAGAAAGUGCAGCAGGCGAGUAAACAGGCCGAACAGGCUGCUGACAGCAUCAGAAACCUCCAGACAGAACUCAGUUUGGUGUGUGAAGAGAGAGACAAGCUUACACAGGAACUGAAAAGAACCCCGGAGCUUAUUGAGAAAGCUCUGGCUGAUCUGAAAGAACAGUACGAGAGCCGUACGAUGCAGCAGCAGCAGGAGCUGGAGCAGAGCUGGAUGGAGGUCCGGCAGGCUGUUGCUGGCAGAGAGGAGGCCCAGCAGAGCCUGCAGCAGAUUCAAGCCCAGCUGGAGGAGAGCAGGGUCAACCUGGAGAAACUCCGAUCUGAGCUGUUCAGCCAGCAAGAGCACAGUGAACAAGCCCUGCAGGAGAGAGUGUCUGAGAUCGAGCAAUGCUGUGCUGAGAAGCUGAGAGAGAUGGAGGUUCAAGUCAACACUGCCAGGAGAGAGCACACCAAAGCAGUAAUGACUUUGCGGCACUUUGAGAGACAGGCAGCAAAGAAACAGGACCAUAUAAAAGAAACUGAACAAAGGGAGUAUACAAAGAGGGAGGUACAGAACAAACAACUGAGAGACAUGGAGAAGGACACAAAUCGACUUUUGGUGAGUGGUUCUGAGAGCAUCCUGAUGAAUGACUAUACCAGAACUCACACAACAGCCGCACAAAACUCUGCUGUUCUCAGGGAACAAGGAGGAAACCCUUCACAGCGAAGGUCUGCAGGGACAAAGGUCCAAUUGCCUGCAGGUGAGCAACUCAUGUCAGUGUUGGAGGAGCUUCAGACUUUGAGUGCUACAGUGGUGAACAGCUCUGAAGAUUCUGCAGAGGAGGAGGGGCAGGCGUCGACAGCCGACCUGCACAGCUGAUACCUCAAGAGGAGUGACUGAAACUUUUCAGCUGUAUGAGAGGUGGACACUUUGGGUGUUUUGCAUGUUGAAAAUCUUUUAUGCCAAAUUAUAGUUAUACAGGGUCAUGUGGUGCUUCGGUAGGAACCAGCAUUGUUAUUUAUCAUGGAGGAUUUUAGGGAGAAAAAUUGUGUAGACAAAUUACUCUGUCAUACUUAGACCUCUGUAAAUAUCUUUGAAACCUACACAGGCAGGAAAUGAAUGUAAUAUUUAUGUGAAUGUCCAAAGUACCAUACCAACCAAUGUGAACCCUACCUUUGAAUUAAUGUAUGGCUGUACUAUUCAGAGACCAAUACCUUAUUUUUAAUGCAAUCAAAUAUAGUAUUUUUAUAUAGCAGGAUCUGUGGCCUUCUACAAGUUCAUCUUCAUCAGUAAUUUGAUAUAAAUUUAAAAAUGUAGUUUUGUACCAUUUGAAGGAACGUCAGAAGGGAAUUAAUAAACUCCAGCUUCAAGUUUAAAUGUCAUUUAUAAUAAAUGUAUUUUUCUAUGUGAAUAGUAAUAGGUGAAAGUGAAGAUUCUUAGAUUGGCAAGAUAAUUGAGAAAAGAGUUUGUGUGCUAAUGAUGCCUCUAAACUGUUUCUCUUUAUAUUACAUAAAGACAUUUGGGGAGAACUACUAGAUGAAUUCGUAUUGAAAAAUCAAUAUUUUCUAUUUGAAGGUCCUUUUAGAGGUCAAUGUUAAAAUGGCUUUGCAGUCCUAGGAUGAACACUGAUAAACAUCAUGAUGAACUAUGUAAUUGGUCAAUUUGUCAUGUUGUCAUGAGUACUAAUAAAUUUUGCAACAGUU